AUGACCCGUAGUGGCGGCCGUGGUGGUGGUGAGGACGAACAGCCGCCGGACACCCCCAUCCCCGACCUGCCCUGGGUGAUCCUGGAUCACUUCGCCCACUACACCAAGUUGGGCGGGGACGAGGCAUUCGCCGACGGCACGCUAUCGGAGGUCUCCGACACCUGCACCGGUAGAUCCAUCGCCGUCUCCCUCAGGGCCGCUCCGCCCCCCGCCGUGUCUCGUCUCCACCUCCACUUUCCAGAUGGGCUCAUGCCAGAGAUGAAGGAGUUGCCCCCGCCCUGCGUCGUCGCCGCUCAUGGCCGCUCCAUACUUUUCAACACCUAUGUCCCUCACAUUGGCCAGUGCCGCCGCAACUAUUACCCCAUCGACUACUUCGUCUACACGGCCUCCGGCCGCCCAGACGGGCGCCCGUCCCUAAGGCGGCUCCCGCCUUGCUUCGAGGGUGGGCAAGUGAACCCGGAAGUGGACCGGCUCUACCGCCCGUACCGGUACCAGCAACAGCGGACGAGGAACAGUGAUGACAUCGGCCUGCUGUGCUACGGCGAGGAGGAAUUCACGGUGGCCGAGCUCUAUUCAUGGGGCGAGCUCUGCCUGCUGCACAGGGCCAUGCCAGCAAAAUCCGGGACCCUGUGUGAAACUAAAAAAUGGGCCCUAUUGCACUAA